AUGACGUUUUUCUAUUAUUUCGCUUAUGGAAGUAAUCUGCUCGGUGAUAGAAUUAGAUAUAAGCAAAAAGGAGCUGAAUAUGACUGCAACGGAAGGCUCGACAAUUUCCGUCUGGAGUUUGCCAAUCAUUCAUCGAGAUGGCAAGGAGCACUGGCAACUGUGAUGGAGGAAAAUGGAAAAGAGGUUUGGGGAUGUGUUUGGAAGAUGCCGAAUGAGUAUUCUGAUUCACUAGACGAACAAGAAAAGGGAUAUCAUCGGUUAAUGGUUCCUGUCCAGACCUCCCAUGGCUUGAUCAUCUGUCGAACAUACCAAUUUUCGGAUCUUGAAGCCGACCCAAUGCGUCCAUCUCCGCAUUACAAACUUGUUAUUUUGGAAGGAGCCAAAGAGCACAAACUUCCGAAUGACUACAUCAAGAAACUCGAAUCAAUUCCCGACAAUGGAUUCAAGGGAUCCGUCGACGUCGACAUUCCACUUCUAGCCAAAUUGAAUGUGAAAACGGAAAUGUGA